AUGGCGUCGUCUUUGCAGCACAGUGGCGUUACAGCGAACCGGAGUGACAACAGUGGCAGUGGCAGUGGGAGUGGCGCGGCAGAUGCAACUGCACCCGGAAGUGGCUCGUCCUCACAGAAGGUGCGAACCACGGCAGGCGCUCCUUCUGAUUUCAGACUGCCGCCUGGCCCGCCGUCCACACAGCCGAUGCAACAUUCACAACAAUCACAACAGCAACAGCAACAGCAACUACAGCAACAACAGCAACAGCAGGGCCCCAAGGUCUUGACGUUUGCCCUGAACCAUCGGCCUCGCGCCACCCGCGCCAGCGUCCCCAAAGUUCGGACAGGGUGCAAAACAUCCGCCGCGGCUGCUUCACAACCGGCGACGACAUCACCGGCACGACCACAGACGACACCUCGAGCGACGCCGACGACAACCCCUGCUGGGACGCCGCCUGGCGCGCCACGCACAUCCAACAGCCCGCGGCUGCGCGUUCCCACAAAUACAAACAACUACCCCAACCCAGACGGCGCACCCUCCACGUCCUCCUCGUCGGCCACAAUAGGCUCCCGGCGGACAACGCCGGCUUCUGACGUCUCGGCCACCGAAUUUGUGCCUGUACCCGUUUCGGCAGCAGUCACACCAAGGCAAGCAGCGACAGCAAGACCGACUGCCCCAUACAUAAAGCGCGAACCCGGCCUCGACGACGAAAUCGACACGCAACGAGCCCGCCUCUACCACCCGACCAAUCUGGGCGACGUCAACGGCAAAGCCAGUGUCGCCUCGCGCCCACAGCCGUCGGCACGGCAGCCGACAUGGCAGCCAAAACGACCCACGCCACAAUACCCGCGUACACGGACAGCAUACAAACGCGAAUACGAAGACGACGGCGACGACAACGGCUACGGAGUCGAGGCCGAGUACUGCACCAACGAUGCCUAUGACGUCUACUAUACCCAUGCCCCAGGCGCUGUCGCGGCCCAGCGGAACACGUUUGCCCAGCCGUUUUUUGACCUGGCCCUUAUCAAUGGCGGCGCUGCGUCGUCGUCCUUCCCGCUCGAACCCAACUACAACAGCGUCAUGUUCGCCUCGCAAUGGGAAAAGGCCUACUUUGACAGCUGGCUAACACUUGCGCCGAACCUCGGCGGCGGCUGGUUCCCCUCCCACCUGUGGACCAGCACCAUCCCGCAGCUGUGCCGAGACGAGCCCGCCGUCCGCUUUGCUGCCAUCGCCAUUGGCGCCAUGGCGCAGGCCAUGUCGCCAGCCUUGCUGGGCAAGUCCUACCUCCACAUGCUUGGCGGUGGCCAACCCACUGGCGGACAACUGCCAGACGGUGGCGCCGCCGCACCUGCACUGCCAUCGCCCGCCGACCCCUCCGUCUCCGCCAGCAGCGUCGUGCCUCACUACCGCAACGCUCUGACGUACCAUGGCCACGCACUCCGCCUCAUUCGUCUGGGCGGCGGUGGACGCACGGCCCCCGGCUCCAUCUCCACCGGGCCCUCCAACAAUCCGACAUUAGUGCAGGAGCUCUACACCGACAACAACCCCGCGACACCUCCCUCCGCCGAGAAAGAACGCGCCGCCGUGCUCUGCUGCCUGCUGUUUGUCUGCUUCGAGGCUUUGCAGGGCAAUCGCGAGGCCGCCCUCCGCCACAUCACGAGCGGCCUGCAGAUAGUCGACCAGUUUGUGGCCCGGAACCUGCCGCCGCGUGCCCUGUCCGAGGCUCAGGCCUACAGUCCGCCCGACGAGGCCAGUUUUCUGGCCGGCACCGACAGCGACAUCGAGUGGCAGCGACGGCGGAAGCGCCAGCGCCAGCGGGACCGUCAACUCGGUCUGCUGGCGGAGAAGAACGACCCGGCCGGCACCCGCAACAGCAACAGCACCGCCGAUACGGCAAGCACCACAGCCACCGGACACGACGGACACAACGGACACCGCACCACUCUCAGCGAAGACCGCCCCUCGGACAGCUUGACCCGCGUGUUGACCCGCUCCCCUGCGCCCUACGUCCUCGAAGACGAGGUCAUGCAGGUCUUCCGCCGCCUCGACUUCCAGGCCUGGUCCCUCGGUGUUUUCCGCCUGCGCCGCACGCGCCCGGCCGACAUCAAGUUCCAAGCCCUCGACGCUUUGAACCCCGCCACCAUCCCCGCCCGCUUCGAUACCUUGGACGACGCCCGCCGCUGGUGGGACUUUGUCCAGCACUGGAUCCUCCAGUUCCCCCGUUACAUGGUCGCCGCCCUGCAGCGCUACAUGGACGAGAAUCCGGACGCCGCCGCCCGCGCCACUGCGGCAGGCCGCAUGCUCGACAUCUGCGACGUCCCCGGCGCCCGCGAGAUCCAGCGCGACUACCUGCACUGCCUGGAACGCUGGUACGCCGCGUUUUAUCCGCUGUACGAGGCUACACGGCGCCAGGGCGCACACCCCGGUGGCAGCGGCGGCAGCGGCGACCCGGCGUCUGCCACUGCUGCCGCGGCCGCCGAGGCCGCCUACUUCCGUGCCGCCAGCCUCAAGAUCCCCUACCUGCUGGCGUGGAUCGGCGUCUCGUCCCUCGUCUACUCGGACUACGAGGCCAUGUACCAGCUGACUCCACAGUUCCGCGAGCUGAACCGGCUGGCCACCCUCAUCCUCCCCAAGCAGCCGCGGUAUGCCUGGUCGCCGUUUGGCGGUGGAGCGUCCUCCAUUUUCGGGCCGCCAUCAGGCAGCCCAAGCCCCGGCAAUGGCGGCAAUGGUGGUACAGGCGGCCAAGGUGGCACAGGCGGCACAGGCAGCGGCGACCUCUUCACCAUGGACAACGGCCCCACCAUGGCCCUCUUUGUCGUCUCGUGCAAGUGCCGCGUCGAGGCCGUGCGCGACGAGUCCAUCCGGUUGCUGGCUGCGUACCCGCGCCGCGACGGGUUCUGGGACAGCAAGAUUCUGUGGGCGAUUGCGGACUGGAACCGGGUGAUUGAAGCCGAAAACGAGACCGAAGGGAGCCUCUAUGAACAAUGGCUCCGCCUGCGCCAACGCGAAGCGAUUUUCGACGAGACAAAGCCCGAGGUACAGAUGACGGCGUGGGUGAAGAACAAGGCGACGGGCAAGUUUGAGAAGCUGACACAGACGGUCAGGUGGGAUCGAUAA